AUGUCCAGCGCAGCGAGAGUCUUCGGUACCGCCGAGCUGACAGAAAUGAUCUUGCUCCAUCUCCCCAACAAGAGCAUACUCGGGGCCACGCGCGCGUGCACCGCUUUUGCCGCAGCUUACAAGACGUCCAAGUCGAUUCGGCGGAAGCUUUUCAUGGAGGAUUGCCCAUGGAUUGGCUGUGAGACCAUCCAGGAGAAUCCGUAUGAUGCGGAGUUCUUCGAAGAGUUUCAAAAACGCGAUUUUCGAGGCCAGAAGAUGCAUCUCAACCCUCUGUGCUUCCGGGACGUCGGCUGCAUUUACGCCCGUGGGGAAUUCCGGGGUGACCGGGAAAUAGACGGAGUGUGGCUUCAUCUUGCAGGACAUGGUGUGGACUACUCAUAUGUUCACCCAGAAAGCAGCUGCUUCAAGAUGAUGAUCUGCCAGCCAAACAUUCCUGUUUCGGGCGGGGACGUGACCAUUCACUAUGGCCCCAGACCAUACCAGAACUAUGACGAGGAGCAGUACGACUCCGUCCACCUGUCCGCCUCGAAAAAUCUCCGCCCGACGCUUGGAGACUUUCUCCGGAUUGAGCAAGAGGGUUACGCAACAUUGGAGGAGGAAGGGCAAAGCAUGUCAGAUACAGAUUCCAGAGGUGGAGCAAAUCUUUUUCCGCAUUCAAGAUUCGUGAGUCUGGAUGAGCUUCCCUGGGAAGUCCUCCCGCAGCUUGAGGGCGUUGAUCUUCUCGAUGCGUACUGGAGUCAGUUCGAGCGGGCCAAGCGAGAGAAACGUCUCCGGGAAAGGGUGUUCUCUACUCGGAAACUAGCGAAGAAGAUACUACUCAACCUUUCGAUGGAUGAGUUGUUCCUAGCCAGGCAGACAGCUCCAGUGCUCCGCCGCGCCAUCGACAAGUCUACUACCAUCAAGCGGAAGAUGUUCCUUGAUCGAGUCACAUGGACUGGACCCGGAAUCGCACCGUACAGUGAGGACGAAGUGUCACGAAUGUCACCCGGCCCACGCUGCACCAACUUCAUCACGAGGAAUCCAGAGAAGAGCAUUGCCAACUUCUACGAUGUGCACUUGAACCCGAUGCUCUUUUCCAAGGAUAUCAUCAACGCUCGAGGAGGCCGGCUGGUCCUUAACCCGAGCCUUAAGCAGCGUAUCCAGCUAGAAGUCUCAGAUGACGCUGCUGGUGAGUGGACAUGGGAGAGGGAGAGUUUGUGUCUCCGGAUGGUCCUCUCCAGCCCCUACGUCCCUGGAAUGCAAGUCAUGCCUAUUAAGCGCAUCGAAGGCGACCGGAAGUACGGACAGGCCAUCAAGCUGAAAGAUGAGCCCCUGAGAACUCUCGGUCAUGUUCUUAGCGCUAUGAGGGAGGGCCUGGAUCGAGUUUACGUCGAGGCUGGUCGUAAGCGGGCGGAGUAUCGGAAGUUGGAGUUAAGGAUGAUGUUUCCGGAGGGGUGUCGGUUCUGGUUGAAUGGCAAGGCCGUGAACGACAGGGUCGCGGAUGAGGAUGAAGAUGAUUGGUGA